GAUUUGCAUAUAAAACACCAUAAAAAGUACAGUAUUUAAAUACCACACUACAUAUUCAGCGGAAAAAUCGAAAAAAAAGAGAUAAAAUAAUAUAAAACUAGGAAAGAUCAGAUACAACAUGCGAAAGUUGACCAGCUUCGUGUGCGGUACAGGAGCCGGACUGGCAGCAUUUUAUUUGCAGCGGUUGCGUGACCCGCAGACGGCGGUGCAGAACUCGUGGACGCACAGCGACAAGCCGGUGGAUCCGUGGGCCCUUUGGGACAGCAACUGGGAUUGCCGGGACCCAAAGGCUUUGGUCCGUCCUCUCCGAAACAGCCAACCGGAGGAGGAAAAUCGCUAUAACGCGGACCUGGAGAAGUCCAAAGCCAAAAAGCCGCGGCACAUAAUCCUGGUGCGACAUGGCGAGUACCUAGACGCAGGUGAUUCAGACGAGACACACCAUCUCACAGAGCGAGGACGCAAACAGGCGGAGUUCACUGGCAAACGACUCUGCGAGUUAGGCAUUAAGUGGGACAAGGUAGUGGCCUCCACGAUGGUGCGUGCUCAGGAGACCUCGGAUAUUAUACUCAAGGAAAUUGACUAUGAUAAGGAGAAGGUGGUGAACUGCGGCUUCAUUCGGGAGGGAGCCCCUAUCCCGCCCCAGCCACCUGUUGGCCACUGGAAGCCGGAGGCAUCUUUCCUCCGCGAUGGAUCGCGCAUUGAGGCCGCUUUCCGACGAUACUUCCACCGCGCCUAUCCCGACCAGGAAAAGGAGAGCUAUACUCUGAUCGUGGGCCACGGCAACGUGAUCCGGUACUUUGUCUGCCGGGCCCUCCAAUUUCCCGCCGAGGGAUGGCUGCGCAUCAACAUCAACCACGCUUCCAUAACGUGGCUGACUAUCAGUCCGUCGGGCAACGUGUCCAUCAAGUACCUGGGCGACUCGGGCUUCAUGCCUGCCCCACUGCUUACCAACCGUAUCCCGCGGGACGCCAAGAACGUGGUCUAGGGAUGUUAACCGAACUGCCAGAAAGAGAAGCAAUCUUAGUCUAUUUAUUGUGAAGCCUUAAAGUGAAUCCGUAAACUCAGCAAUAGUAACACUGUUAAAGACCAUGCAUUUUACAACAGACCCCUAAAGUAAAAAUCGCGGGAGGGCCGAAUAUUUGAGACCUCCGACAAAAAAACAUUUUUAUAUGAAAUCUUUGUAAAACCGUAUAAUUUACUUGGUGAUGACUACUAUUAAAAGCUAAAAACUA